UUAGUGUUACCGUUGAAGUCCUGGGCAAGACCACACUCUCUCUCCUAACGACUGAAUCAUUUGUGUAGGACACCGGUGUCAUGAACUCCCAGACUCUGCCUCUCUCUCAGGAGACACUCGCCCAGUUCAACCAUGACCAGGUGGUGGACGGGCCUCAGAGGCUACGCAGGGCGUCCGUCUCCACACGCCGCAGCUCGCGCGACCACUCCAAGGACGCGUUCCCCUCCAGGCCUGCGGCCUUGCUCCUCAGGAGGCUCUCGGACGCCUCCCACCUCAGCCCCGCCGUCAGCUACCCGGCCUCGCCCUUCCAGCGCCGGGACUCCGUGUUUUUCGCCAAGCGCUUGUCCGUGGGCGCCUGGGCGCACGGUGGACGGGUCAGCUUCUCGGGACUGCUGCUCCCUCAGCCUGUGCAGGAGGUCCGCAUGGAGAACACCUACAGAAUGGGCCCUGACCCGGGGAGCAUGUUCAGCGCCAAGCAGACACAGCAGAUUCUUCAGGCCACGCUGGACAGCUAUCUAGACGGAGCGCGCUACAGCCAGAACACGUGCGGGCAGGUCAGUCAAAUCCUCGCAGAUCUGGCGCGAAGCAAAAUCAAAGACACCUGCCCCCCACGCUACAAGCUGGUCUGCCAGGUGGUAAUCGGCCAGAGCGGAGACCAGAGUCUCACGCUGGCUAGUCGCGGCUUACUGGACUCUGCAACAGAUGACUUUGCCGUAGCCACCUUCCAGAAUGGUUCCCUUUUCACUGUGGCUAUAGUGUAUGGGACAUACUAUGAGUGAGGAUGGAGAAAUUGGUUCCAUUCAGUCACUUUCUCUAAUAGCCUUUUUCCACCAACCGAGGACUGCUUCCGUUACCAUUCGCGAACCAACAUUUGAACCGUUCGGAGCAUUUCGACCACACAAAAAAACGUUCGGACUCGGAGCGUGGCACCUUGGUUCUGAACUUGAA